AAACAUGGCGGUAAACUUCUUCAGCAAGACUACUUACACCCCUAAGGAACUGGACCUUUAUUUUGGUUCUUAAUGGCCACAUUUGGUUGGAGUUACAAGUCAAAUGCAAGUGGAAGCAAACGUCCCAGUGAACAAUCGAGAAAAGUUGAGAGCUGGCAGGAGAAACGCGCCGAUGACACGCCGAAACCCCUACACCCCCAGUCGCAUUCUGCUGAAACUUUAACAGCAGGAACACAACCCGCGAGGAAAAAAUAUGACCCAAGAGCCAAGAUAUUUGUUGGUAACUUAGACUGGGAAACUAAAGAAGUAACCAUUGCUGAAAUAUUUUCUACCUUUGGAGAAAUAGAGGCAGUUAAGCUCAUCAAGGAUCAUGAAACUGGCAUUUCAAGAGGGUUUGCCUUCAUUACAUUCUGUGAAGUGGACUCUGCCGUGAAAUGUAAAACAUGGUGUGCUUAUAACCAUUUGAAAAUUGAUGAUAGAAAUGUGACUGUGAGGGCUGCUGAGCGUCGACAGACUAAUUAUGCAGCAAUUGAAAAGAGGAAAUGUGCAGAGGAUAAUAACCCCACAUUAUACUGGGAGUACAAAUGGGCUGAGGACCCCAAAUCAGAGGUUUAUGGUCCCUAUGAGACAAGUUUGAUGUUACAGUGGUCUAAAGCUGGAUAUUUUGACGCAGGUUGUUGGGUGCGAGAACACGUGACCAAACAAAGUGACGAGAACUCAUCUGAACCUUCAUGUAAGACAGCGAGACUAGUGGAUCAAAGUUAUUCCGAUUCGAGUGAUUCUGAGGAUGAUACACCAUCUGUGGGGCACCCUGAGGAAAAUGAAUUUCUUCAUGUGUCUGAGAUAGAUUUCUCUAUAUUUCCAUGAGUAAGUGCAACGCCUGGAACAUCAGACAGUUUGAGUGUUAACGGAGUAUGUGACACAUCGGCAUCGGUGAGAUCAUUGGUAGUAUUGGAAGGAUAGCUAAAUGAAAGAGGAAAUUCAUUUUAUAUUCAAACUUUGAGUGGCCAGAUAGUCCUGCUCGCCGUCUUUUGUUUAUUUCGUCACGCAAUGCAUUCUAAUCCGGACUAGCGGCGAGAGACUGUCACAACAGUUUGUAUCGUCGUCUGUUUUAGUACGUUGAAACCUUAAGCAAGACAGGUCACUCAUAUUGAUAUCUACCUUUGAACAAAUGAAUGACGAAUAGCAUAAAACAUUACAUCAUUACUUCAUCGUGUUCAAAAUAUGUUUUUCUCGAAGUUUGGCCCACAGACGUCUGUUUGUUUACAUCGAGCACUAGUAAGGUAUAUUCAAGUGAGCUGUGGUUGAAGUUUUUGACACGUCAGCUACUUUUGAAGACUAUUCUCUAAAUUUUUAGACCCCUCGUUAUAUCAUUCGAAAGAAAUGGUUUCAUGUUUAGUUCUUGUAAGCUAGUCAAACUUGUUGAUGGUUAAAUUUAAAUUUUAGUUACGCGAACAAAUCAAGAACCUGAUCUAUCAGACCUAAAAUUACCGCUUCAUUGAACAUUACACUUUGUCAAACUAAUUGACUGUAUCAAAGUGUCAUUUAAAUUCUAAAAUCUGUUUUAUCUUCCUUUAACGGCUGGCGGUGAAUCUAAAUGGACUAAAAUGAAUGAAGAACCUCGUAUCACAAUUUCGGCUGGCUGUCAUAUGUGAAAAACGUCAAAAUUCCCCUGAUCACAAAGCAUCCCAAACCAUCUCAAGGAUUAUAGGUUAAUACAAAAGGAAAUGAUGUUCCAUUGUUUUCUCUUGCUUAAAAAUGGAUUAUUUGGUUAUUCACCCGAUGUCUAAACAGAACCACGGUUUUACGCAUUCAGUGGGCCUUAGGCUUUCUCCAUAAAAUGGUUGAUUUACUUAAAUGAAUUUCCUUCUACUUUAAGGUUUUUUGGCCCUCGUGACGCUCUUCACAAAAAUAAGCGUUCAGAUAAAAGGUUGAGCUAAAUUGAGGAUUGUUUAGGACGGGGUUUCGUUUAGCAACGGCAAAACUUUGUUAACCGGCCCUUCAAGCAUUUUACAGAGGCAGUACGAUUCAUGGUAUAGCCAACCAAAAAAGAAUAAUUAUACGAAACGCCGAACUGACCGCAAUCAGAUGUAGCCGUUAUUUUCAUCAACUUGUCGCCCAUUUCUAUUUGCUUUUCUGUCUAGGCUUGAAUGAUACGUGUAAAAUGAGCAACAAAGAUAAGCGGUACUAUUUCUGUUCACCGAGGAUCUGUUCAACCGCAGUUUGCACUUCUGGGUAAGGCCUUCUAAAUCAAAUUCGUUUCUGUCGGCCCGGAAGAACUAUCUGUCGUAGAUACCACGGGCAUGUUUCUUUUGAACAGAGGUCAUUUGAAAAUAAACGGAGCAUGGUACGGUUUGUAAUCAAUGAUUUCGAAUGAAUGAGGAAAGUAGUGAUCUGAUCGGUUGACAAGGAAGCGAUUUUUUUUUUAAACCAACCGUAGAAAUUAGUGAAGCAAACCAGUACGAACAAUAAAAACUGAACUGAAAAUUCAGUCGCUAUGAAUUUUGACCUGCUGAAACGACCGAUCGCAUAAAAUCCGGCCUCAUCGCCUCUGAUAAUGUUUUCAAGAAAAAUGAAGCAAAAACAUUUAAAGUCUUCGCUAUUGAUAGAAUUCGUGGUAAUUCAUGAAGACAAGGAACUGGACGGUCACAUAAACGUAGCACAUGCACUACAAAUAAUCAGGUAGAAAAAUCACGAAGAUUGCCAAACUCUAGAAUUAUUUCUUUCGCGCUUUUAGCCUAUAAAUAUCUAAACGCCAGGCAAGAGCUAAGAGCUCUUCCUCGCAUGGCGUUGUACAUUGGCGGGUUUCAAUUUUUCCUGUCCGACUCGGUUGAAGCAGCUCGACAUGAACUGAAGGCAAGUUCGUACACACGAACUCUGACGAAGGGCUAACGCUCGAAACGUCAGCUUUUUUACCCUUUACGGUGGCUAAUUUACGUUUUCAACUCAGUUGUUAACACCAAAUUACCUGCUUAGUUUAGGGUACACGUGCUCGUUUACAUAGUUAACUGUCUCAUAAAUAACGCAGUUAGUUCACAAGAAUACCGGGCUGAAUAUGAAGAAUACAAAUUAGUAAAAGACAAACCAAGACUAUGUCUAACCUGUUUUAUGACCAUUAUUUUCUGUCUAUUUAAUUUCCAGCGAUUGAAUCUUGGAGCAGGAAUAAUGCGAAUGAAACAUUUUCAGUGAUUUAUGCAAAAAUGGUUCUGGGCUUUUAGCUUAACAACGAAUGUGUGCAUUGUGUCUCGAGACUUUCCAGUGAUUAUUCCUAUCAAUACUUCAUUCGAACGAAACUUGUCGCUGUGAAAUU